AUGUCAUCACUAGUUGAAUCAAAUAACGAAGACGAUGGGUCUUUACUCAAAGUAUAUGGCGACAAAUUAGUAUACAGAGAAGCUGUAUCCGACCACUGGACGACUUAUGACUAUGCGGGAUCUUUCUACGUGGACCGAGGUGAUAAUCACAUUAGUCAUGACGCUGAAAGCGGCGACAUUACCAUAACUUGCUUCGAGGAAGCUCCGAAUAUACCCCUCUCUAUCCCGUCGACUCCUGUAUCCAAUAGACUGAGGGGUCGUCGAUCGAACAGGAAUAUACCUAUUGAUCCCUCCCGUCUUACAGCCGCUCAAUAUAUUGCUACAAUUGAUUUGUCAUCGCUUUCGGUUCCAUUCAGCCAAAGAGGGGCCGAUCUUGUCUUGCGCUACAAGCCAAGCAGUGAUACGUCUACAUCACCACGAAGUCCAGAUGUCCAACCUGAUAUGACUCUAUAUGUAAAUAAUUUGGAGAUGGGCCCUCACGCAUUUUCACUCCACAAAGAGCUUUCCACCCUUCCAGGUCAUAAUUACAAUCCAAGAUCAAGUAGUAGUAUAUCCGGAGGGUCCAUCGGAAUAGGUUACAUCUGUCAUGAUGAAUAUGUGAAUCCCAUGGAACGAAUGGAGGUCUAUAAGCCUAACAAUCCAGAGAGUGUCGAGGAGAUCAAAACUGCUAUUGGUACUUUCGUUAUGACUCUUCCCGAGAGGCGUUAA